GUCCGGCGUCCGUCCCCGUCGUCCCGCGCGGCUGCCGGUCCUCCGGGUUCCCGGGAGGGGUCCCCGGCCCAUCCUCCGAGGGAGCGGCAGAUGCGGCAGAGGGGACCAAGGGGGCGGACGAUCAGAGAGCCCAAGGCCUCCCGCAGCCCCACUUCUAGGGAAACUGCUGCCCCUGCACGGAGCGGCCCCGCGCUGGGAAGCAGAGGUCCGCAUGGCGCCCUAGGCGCGGGCUCUGUCCCUGGGAAGGCAGAGAGGCCGGAAUGUGCGGAAAGGCGCCGGGGUCUCGCUGUCUUUCGCGCCCACCUGCAGGUCUGAGCCCGCGUGACGCUGAAGAGGAUGACGACCUUCUCCCAUGUCAGAGGCCUCUUCUGAGUACCUGGCGCCACCCCUGGGAUCCGAGGGACCCCCGGAGAGGGGCGAGCAGGAGGCUCUGAGGAAGAAGCAGAAAGGCCUGGCCAACAUGUUCAGCAUCUUCACCAAAGGGAGGAAGAAGAAGGGCCAGCCCAGCCCUGCCAAGACGGAGGGCAAGCCUGAGCCCGGGCCCCGGCGCGGGGACCUACUGCCCACCGCGGAGGAGCUCAAGGCGGAGCUGGAGCUCGGGCGGCUGGAGGCCGCGGCGCCACUGCUGCUGCUGGAGCGGGAGCUGGCGGCGUUGGCGGCGGCGGGCAGCGCGAGCGAGGAGGAGCUGGUGCGGCGCCAGAGCAAAGUGGAGGCGCUGUACGUGCUGCUGCGCGACCAGGUGCUCAACCUGCUGCGCCGGCCGCUGGAGGUGGCGCCCGAGCGGCUGCGCCAGGCGCUGGCCGUGUUGGCGGAGCAGGAGCGUGAGGACCGGCGCGUGGAGGCCGCGGGGCCCGGGCCCUCUGGGCUGGCGACCACCCGCCCGCGGCACUGGCUGCAGCUGUGGCGGCGCGGCGUGGCGCAGGAGGCCCAGGAGCGCCUGGACCGGCCGCCGGACGCGGACGCCGAGGGCCGCUCCGAGGCCGAGCGCGCCUUCCUGCACAUGGGCCGCACGUUGAAGGAGGACCUGGAGGCCGUGGUGGAGCGGCUGAAGCCGCUGUUCCCCGCCGAGUUCGGCGUCGUGGCGGCCUACGCCGAGAGCUACCACCAGCACUUCGCGGCCCAGCUGACGGCCAUGGCGCAGUUUGAGCUGUUGGAGCGCGACACCUACCUGCUGCUGGUGUGGGUGCAGAACCUCUACCCCAACGACAUCAUCAACAGCCCCAAGCUUGCCGGCCAGCUGCAGGGGGUCGAGCUGGGGAGCCUGCUGCCACCCCGGCAGAUCCGGCUGCUGGAGGCCGCCUUCCUGUCCAACGAGGUGACCAGCGCGAAGGAGCUGAUGGCCCGAGCCCUGAGCCUGGAGUCGCAGCACUGGGCCCAGGACGUGGCCCCUCAGCGGCUGGACGGCCACUGCCACAGCGAGCUGGCCAUCGACGUCAUCCAGAUCAUCUCUCAGAGCCGGGCCAAGGCCGAGAGCAUCACGGCUGACCUGGGCAUGCAGAUAAAGCGCCUGCUUUGGGUGGAGCUGGCUGCAUUUCUGAGGAGCUACCAGCGAGCCUUUGACGAAUUUCUGGAGCGGUGCAGACAGCUGGGGAAUUACAGGGCCACGGUCAUGGCCAACAUCAACAGCUGCUGGUCCUUGCGGACGUUCAUCGAGCAGAACCAGCAGACACCCCAGGACCUCCUGGGCUACCUGAAUGAGCUCAAGAGUCACGGCUUCCACACGCUGCUCCAGAGCCUGGUGGAGCGCCUGCAGCCCCUGUUCAAGCACUUCUCGCACACCCGCUGGGCGGCCUCGGAGAAGACCAUGGAGAACAUCGUCCGCACGGUGGAAGACGCGCUGCCCGAGUUCUCGGGGCUGCGGGACUGUUUCCGGGAGGAGCUCAUGGAGCUCGUCCACCGGCACCUGGUGAAGGAAUACAUCGUGCAGCUCAGCAAGCGGCGCCUGGUGCUCAAGACCGCGGAGCAGCAGCGGCAACUGUCGGGGCAGAUCUUGGCCAAUGCCGACCUCAUCCAGUGCUUCUGCACUGAGCACGGCUCCUUGGCGACCUGGCUGCACCAGGCCCUGCCCACGCUCGCCGAGAUCCUUCGCCUGCAAGACACCAAUGCCAUCAAGAUGGAGGUGGCCACUUACGCCACCUUGUACCCUGACUUCAGCAAGGGCCACCUGAGCGCCAUCUUGGCCAUCAAGGGGAACCUGUCCAACAGCGAGGUCAAGAGCAUCCGGAGCAUCCUGGACGUCAGCGCCGGGGCACACGGGCCCUGCAAGUCCCUGUUCUCACUGAUAAACAUUGCUUAGCUCUUCCUGCGGCCUGACCUGCUGUGAGCGCUCGGCGGGCGUCGGACACGCCCCCCUUGGGGGCAGCCACUCCACUGGGGUGCAGUUCAGGCCGGCACCGGCUUCUUGGCCCCUCACGGGCCCCCUGCCUUCUGCUGCUGCUGCUGCUCAGGCCUGGCCGAGGUGCGGGCCCCUGGGCAGCUGGAACCGGACAGGCCUCGGUUUGUCACCAGUCCUGCGGGGCAGGCACACCCGCCGCGAGGAGCCAGAGAGGCCACACCUGAGGACGGACAGUUGCUCGCGUGUUUGCUGAAGGCGGGAGAGGGGCCGGGGCUCAGAGGUCCCAGGUCCCCUCCUGCCGGUGGGGCCCUUCCCGGUCCACCUCGCAGCUGCUCCCCCCGUGGCCCGUCCGCGCGCCCGGCCGGGCGGAAGGCAGCUGGAAGAGGAAGGGAAAGAGGAGCCCUUAUCUGGGGCCGGGGAAGGGGAGUCCCCAGAACACUGGGGGCCCCUCCAGCGCCAAAGCCCUCCUCCAGAUUGCACAGGGACCCCUGUAGCGCAGACCCUGGCCUCUCCCAUUGCCCACAGGCACCCCCUGAGGGGGGCCCAGGAGGAGGCCUCCGGGGUCUUCUAGGGCUCAGCCAGCCUGCCCCCCCCCCCCCGCCGACACCAUGCAGGCCCUGGGUGGGGCAAGCUUGACCUCUGACCCUUUUCCCUGUGUUAGUUUCCUCCUGCUGCUGUAACAAAUUUCCACAAACGUAGCAGCUUAAAGCAAGACUUAUUUUCAGUUCUGAGGCCCCGUGCAGGUCUGCGACUUGAGGGCUGGGCGGGCUGUUCCCUCCCGAGGCUCUGGGGAAGCACCCCCUGGCCUCCCGCAGCCGCGAGAGACCACCCUCCCCGAAAUCGUGGCUCACGGGCCCCCCCCCAUCCCAGAGCCCUGUCCCACCCUAGCAUUUCCCUCCUGCCUCCCUCGCCCACGUCAGAGCCCUCGCCGUCGCCCCGGGCCCACGCGGGGGGCCCGGACCCUCUCCGCUGGUCACGGCAGCGGAUCAGCGGCCUCAACUCCACCUGCCGCCCCCACUCCCCUCGUGCGGAGCCUGACACGGUCUCCGGUGCCCGAGAGGAGGGCGUGGCAUCUGCGGGAGCCACGGGUUUGCUCGCCGUGGCCGCCAUCUGCCCCCUGCCCUGGGACACCUCGUCCGCCCCUGGAGGACGGGCCAGCUGCCCUCCGGCCUCUGCCCGCCCCACAGACCCUCUCUGCAUCAGGGGCAGGUCAGACUCGGGGGCCGCCGGGGUCGGCCGGCCCCCUUUCCAGGUACGUGGCCGGGACCUGGCCCGUCAAUGGUGCACAGAAGCCUUUGUACAUUUGUACAGUUAGCGUGUUGGAUGUUAUUAAUAUUAUUUUUUAUAUACUGCUUUUGUAGGUGUGUACUCAGGACAGGACCUGGGUUCUUAUAACUUAAUAUAAAGCUGCCUUCAGAAGUG